UCGCGAAGACCGGCAUAUUAUUGAAAGCGCCAGGGAAGGCACUGGGAUUUCAAGAGUCAGACGUCUUUCAAUGGCACGAGUGCGCGCCACGCCUGGCUCUCAGGCGACCACGAAGACGGCCGCCGCUCGCCAGGCACUGAAGGAAACAACCAACACUGCACGCGCACCAGGGCCAAUAUACGAGGACGAUGGUGUGACGGAUGACUUGAUCAAGGACGCGAAGCCGAAGCGCGGCAGGCCAAAGAAGGUGGUGCGACAGGAUUCCGAGGAGUUGGUUAUGGCUGGUGGCCUGGGUUUGGCGAGCGAGGAUAAUGCGCGGCACAACAGCGAAGUGCCUACAACUACGGACGAGCUUGCCAAAAGUGAUUCUGUGCCAGGCCCAAUCGCGAAGUCGAACCGCCGACCGCCACGAACUGUCCGCAAGAUUACAACGAGCGAGGCGCAAAGUAAAGUACUCGAUGGGCUGAAAGAGCGUAUGAAUGCAACAGCGCAAGGCCAGCGUGCGAAGCAGAAAGCGCCCACACCUGCUGUUACGGAAUCAUGUGAUUCACUCCCAUUGGAAUCUUCUGUUGCAAGCAAGUCGAGAUCUGUGGUGGCCGAGAGCCCGGGACCCAGCUUAUCGCCAUCUCCUUCUCCUGCUAGAAAAGUCCAGUCUGUACAGAACCAGGGCUCCUCAGUGAUGCAGCCAGGAUCAGUCCUUAGGGCGCAAAGCACACCAGCUGUCGAACACAGCCUUUUGGCGCUCAAGAACUUCAAGCGCAGGCCGCGGCAACCCAGUAUGCUGCAAAUGGUGAAGCAGAAAAUAGGCAGUGCAAGACCGUCUUUGUUGAACACUACGACUGUGACUAUGGACGAUAACGCCUUAGAGGACGAGGAUGUGUUUGAUCUGGGCGCGAGCGACGAUGACGAAGAGGAUUUUGCGCCUGAGGCUGAAGGCACGCCUCUACAUGUCAGCAAGAUCGCGAGCAAUCUGCCGCAGAAUGUCAAAUUGCAGCCCAGCGACCUGAUCAGCUCAUCUGGCAAUGCGCAAAAGAAACGAAAGUCCGACGCGUUGGAUGUGUCAUCUGGAUCCCUAUCCGCUUUGCGCGCCAAACGCCAACGGCAUGACCAAGACAUAUCAUCCGGUUCAUUAGCAGCCCUUCGUGGCCGACGUCAAAGCCAAGAAAGCCGGACUCUGCAGGUCCAAGACCCGCCAGUGGGUGUUGAAGUCGUGGUCAGCUCGUCCAUAGAACGCGCUGAAACUCCUCAACCGCAAAUCACGUCAGACGUCCAGGUGAUCAAUUCGCCUGCGUCAUCUACACCGCCGACCGAGCCAUCGUCCUCGCAGCAUCAGAGCUUCAGUAAGGACAGCGACUACGCCAUACCUUCGACAGAGCGUGCGGCCGAGAUCGCUGAUGCUGAAGCGAGACCCCGAGGUGUCUUUUCGGACGAUGACGGCGAUGAUGGUGGAGUGCCAAAUGGGACCAUGGCUGAUCCCAUCAGUAGCCCGCUUCCAAUAUCUGAUGAUGUUUUCGCUGAUCCUUCUACUCAACGUAUCUCGCCAUCGCCAGUGAAGAAGGGGACAAAUGCCAGGGUGAAGCCAUUGAACACCGCGGCCCUGCAGUCUCUGUUGCCGAAAAGACGGAAGCCAGUCAGAACUCGUAAUCGGAGGUCCGAGUACGAUAUCGAUUCUACAGAUUCUGAGAACGAGCCUCUGGAGACGAGCCAUCUAGACGAAGAUGAGGACGAGCUUGGUGGCCGAGUCAAGCGGCAGACCAAGACCGCACCAGCCAAGUCGAAGAAGAGCACCACUGCGAAGAGGGGCAGACCAAGAAAAGUUGCCACGAAAAAGACGGUUGUGAAGAAGGUCAACAUGACUUAUGGUCGUCACACUGCAUCUGACAAGGAGAACGACGGCUCUGUAUCUUUUGAUGAAGCUGAUGAGUCCACCCUGCCUGAAAUUUCUCGCAGCAUGGAAGAGCUUGCAAAGAGUACAGAAAUUGAAGCAGCGAAGGCCAAGUUUGCUGACAUUGAUAAGUGGGACAUGGAAUUUGAGUCGGUCGACGCGGACGAGCAUCGAAGCUCAAGCUUGAAUUGGAGGUAGAAUGUCCACGUGGUGAGACGUUGAGCGCAGAAGAGAACGAGACGUGGGAGAUGAAAAAACAAAGGACACGAAAGAUGUGACGGCUGCUGUGUACUUCUUACUUUUAUGAUUCUACUACCUAGCUAUUGCCUCUAACCAUUCGUGUUAUUCGCCGAUACCCGAACGCCAUCCGAAUUCCUUGGCGUGUUGCGUUACAUGCUUGGCGCAACGACGAUGAGGUCCUCCAUAUGACAUAUCGGUAUCAGUGUGUACUCCAAUCGAUGCAACUGAGCAUCUGACAAGUUUGGGGUGUACUCAAAAUCUCCACCUCAUGUCAAAAUUCAGCGAUGCAAUACAAAGAUGGUUGGAGUGGUCUGUUUCAAGGCAGAAUCGGACGUGAAACACUCAUCGCUCAUCAUAGCCAUGUGUCCUUCUUCUCUCUUCGUGCUUGUGACGCCUUGGUGAUGCUCGCUGCACGCUGAGAUCUGCCACACUCGGCACGUCGUCAUCAUCAGAGUCGUAGUCAGCCAGCUGAGUUCUCUUCAUCAUACCAGUCAGGCUAUCUGAUGCACCAUUGCCACGGACCUGCGUUCGGUUGGUAACUCGCUCGCCUUCCUUGGCGAAAGAGUUUCGGGGCGGAUUAGGCUGUGAUACGAUAGCAGGACCGUAGCGUGGCGUCCUUGCUAAUGAUGUCGGCGAUGACAAAUUAGUCAUGGUUCGCGCGGAGAGGCGCGAAGAGCCAGCAGGGGUUAAUGGUUGAUGGCUGGAAGAUGAGGAAGUUCGUUGUGUAUACGCAUGAGCAAAGGUCGUGAUUCGCAAUGGAUCAUGUUGCCUACGCUGUUCUGCUGCAUACUUUUCGUGCGUUACAAGUUCCAUCUCGGUGUUCCAUUUGCGAUCAAGUUCCUGUUGUCGGCUAGCGAACGUAGGAGCUACAGGGAGUUUCGGCUCAGUAGCACGACCAAAGCUGUCUUUCUGCUCCGGAAAUAGCUUGUCUAACGAGUGCCCAUAAUAUGUUCGCGUCGAGUCUUGUGCAUCUCGGUAUUGCGGAGCACGCUGGCGCUCAUUCGUUGCAGCUAUGGUAUCUCGAAUGGGACGAGCUUGUCUUUUAUCUUCCUCGUAGCGUGACGGAUCGUCUGACUGACGCUUGUCGCCUCGGUGCGGCUGAUUAUUACCGGAAUCGCGUCGAUCUCGAUAAACUCUUGGUAGGUCGCUGAGGCUGGGGGAUGACUCAGAGGUAGCAGUGAUGUCUGAUGAGUCGCAUUCGAGCGUCGAGUCUCUGCGUCGAUCAUCCUGCUUCGUCGACGACCGUCUCCUGGGCGGGGCUGUAUUGUCGACCUCGUUUGUCAACGAUGAGAUGGAUGAUUUAUGACCAACAGGGCGCCUUUCGUUCACACGAGCCCUUGGCAUGUCGAGAGAGGGAGGAUCAGGAUAGAGAGCUGUGCCCGUCGGUGCGUCCAGUGUCCUUGGCUCGCGGAAAGAUACUCGUCGAAAUUGACGUGGUGUAGGUGGUGGGGAUGGAGCCGCAGGUCUGACAGUCCUGUGUAUUGGUGUUCGUGGUGGCGAAGACGAGACGAGGCUGUCGGCGGGCGACUGGUUGCCGUUGUUGCUGCUUGGUCGUUCUCCAGACAAACGCUUGCUAGAUGUCCGGCUCAAAGGGAAGUAUCGAUACUCCCGACCAUUGGCCAUGACAAUGUUCCGUGGGGCCGAGGACGAAGUCUGGUCGGCAUUGGGACGCCUCUCGACCACGCGAGUCGCUUCAGUAUUCCUCUCCUCAACGUAUGCGCACAGACUUCCAGCGGGUGCGUUGUGGCAACGGUAUUGUUUGCGUAUAAUCUCGCGGCGGCGACUGCCCGCGUAGACAUAUGUUUUGUUCUCCACUACGCACAUUGUCGAUGUCGUCUUCGUCGAUAUUCGGAAGAAGUUGUUGUUGUUGUCAGGAGAAGGGUUUGGGAAAAAGACGAUCAGAGGUGUGAGGUACUCGAUCACAGUCACUCUCGAUCACAGUCACUCUUGAUCAGAGUCACUGUGGACCAGGUUGGUGCCUAGGUACGCAGUAACGUGACCGGCGCUUAGUCUUGGCGCGUGCCUGAUGCUAGGAGGUAGUGGUAGGUAUCAAAGUGAAGACGGGAAGGGUCCUGUGACGCAGAUCCACCCACUAGCUUAUGACUGAUCGAUCCUGCUCAGCGAGGCACGCGUGUGUUGCUUGGUGGCAACCUGGUAGUGAUAGCGAGCGAACAAGACCUUUUAUCUGAGAAGACCUCGAUCAACCAAGCGGACGUGGUCCGAGUGUGCCACGGUAGAAGGACUGAUGUGUGUGUGCGUGUUGCGUAAACACCAUAGGAGAGUGAGUGCGCGUCUCAUGCAGGUCCGGAGGUGUCGUCGUCUUAAGGCAUCCUCCUAACAUGCAACAAGCGAAGCGCUCGUAGGAUCAGGUCUGUCCCGGGACGCUCGGCAGACACCUAGAGCGGCUACGCAGGAGGCGGGACUAGCAUUGCAGUUAGUAUGGUAGGAUUGUAUGAAGGAAGCUCUGCACUGCCUCUUCAAAGCGAUAAUGUCAUUGCCAGCUGCAGAGGCAGAAGAAGAAGCAGUCAUGAUUAGUACGGAGUGGAAACGCCGGACGCCAGCGUCAUGAAAUCCUGCCUGCCUGCCUGCCUGCCUGCCUGCCUGCCUGCUACAUGACAUGACCUUGGCGCAUGUACAUGUCGGUAUGAGGACGCCGCCGUCUAUGCUGAGCAGAGCAGCAGCACACCAUAUCAUUACCAUCACCGCCGCCGCCUUCGAACAUCUCGUCUACGGAGUCCAAAUGUGGCCAGCGGCGUCGGCUUGAUGCAUCAGCGACAGCACGCUCGCCGUCGCGGUGUCAGCUGGACAGCAGGCGAAGUCGCAGCUGUAUUCGCG